UGGUGGAAGAGGAGCCCAUGGACCACCUGCGCACAGCCGUGCGGCAGGAAGCCAUGCUUGCCCUCGCCGAUAUGAGCCAAGUGGAGAUGGCACUGGGGGGCAUGAAGGAAAGCCUUUUAGAGGCCUGCUUCAGGAGUGUCUUCUUGCUUCCUCCUAAAACAGACAUGCAGGGCCUAGACAGCUCCCUCUACUUUGAUGUAAGUGCUGUUGUGCUGUCAGGAGCACUCAGAGCUGCUCCCUGGCUGCCACGUGCUGAGACACAGCCAGAGAUCCAAGGCACGGCAGGGUGUCAGCUUUGCUUUCCCUCCCUCGUCCCUUCGUCUCCUUCCCCUGGGCCUCGCCAUGUCCAGUGCCUCUGGACUGGCUCCUCUGCCCACCGCAGCUUGUCUGCCCCAAGGCCUCCCUUAGCCAACCAGAGGUGGCAGGGGUGUCCUCCCCUGGCGGGGGGAGUUAGACCCGUCCCUAGGGAGAGAGGGACUGCAGAAAGACUGACACAACCUUUCUCCUCCUUGCAGACCCUGGAUGCCAUGGACAUCCUGCUGCAGAGCUUGGUGCUCAGCUCCCCUGGCUGUGGGGAGCUGAAGAGUAUCUUGCAGGUGCGGCACUGGCAGAGAGUGGGGUUCGCAGGGGCUGUUGCUCACCCUGGAGGGACAGGAGUGUCCACUCUGGAGUGGACGGUGUCCUCCCCAGCACCACGCACACAGCACACCGCAGGAAGGGUGCUCAGCUCCCCUGGGGGACCCAGACAUGGCCCACCGUGCUCUUCCAGGAGCAGCGUGACCCUGGCUGCAGUCAGCGUCAUUUCCCCUCUGCAGCCUCCUUCUGUACCAUGGCAAAGCCCAGCCCAUGGCACUUUUGGGCCAGCUCCAUCCCCAGAGCUUUCCUCGCACCAAAGGAGUGGGAAGCAUUGACCCCUCUCCUCAGGCACCACAGCAGUGGCUGCGGGUGCUGUCCUUCUUCCCCUGCCUCGCAGUCCCUCCUGCUUUUCUGCCCAGGUCUGACUGGGGCAGAGACCCACUGGAACCUGCCUCUCCUGCACAGGGAGCCCAGCCCUGACGCUCUGCACUCCUGGCUUCCUAGAGAGCCGUAU